AAUGACAGCUGUUCCAGUACUGCCGGUGCUAGUCAACAAUUUCAGAACUGGAAGAUGAAAGCUGAACAAGCUAAGAAAGUUGAAUUCAUAAGAACUGCAGGAAAGCUAAAAACUCAGGUUGCAAAUAUAGAAAAAGACAAAAAUGGACAUCUUUACAAUAGGAAGAGUGAUUUCAGGGUAGAAUACAGCAUACUAGAGGAACUGGAAUGUGGAAUGGCAGUCAGCGGGAAAACUGAAAAAGCUAAAAUCCUGCAGCAGCUAUCAAAAAUACAAAAUCAUGUGAAGAGACUUCAGCAACAAUUAAAAAAUGUGAAGCCUACACCAGAAUUUGUUGACAAGCUCAAGGAAAUGAUGGAAGAAAUUGAAAAUGCAAUCAAUGCUUUUAAAGAGGAGCAGAGGCAAAUAUAUGAACAGCUUUUGAAGGAGGAAAAAACUGUCAUUAAUGAGCUCAGUCUCUUUGAGAGAAAAGUGGAACUAUGGGUGUUAGGCAGCAAAACAACAGAAAAAGUUUUGAAAUUACCAUCAGCCAGGGUCUCAGUUGAUAAAACACUGGAAAAUCAUCUACCUGAAGAAGUAGUAGAGUUUGAAAGAUUUCUUCAGCGAACAGGAGGGCAACAAGGUGGCUGGGAUGAUUAUGAUCAUCAACAUUUUCUGAAAGUGUGGACAAAACACAAAGGAAGGCUGUCUUACAUGGAUGAAGUCCUUGAGUAUCUCUGUGGAAGAACAAAGGAAGAUAUUGAACAGCAUGAGAAAUGGUAUCAAGAAUUUCUAAUUUUACACAAAAGAAAGAAAGAGUCAAUCAAGAAGUGGAAAAAAAAGCAGCAGCAAGAAAAAGAAGGAAACUUGAAGGAGAAAGAGAAAUCAGAAAAAAUGCUCAAGGAAGAAUGGCUACAGUGUGAAGAAACUCAGAAGCAAAAAGCAGAAGAAGAAGGAAAAAGACAACAAGCAGCAAUUGAAGCAUGGAAGAAACAGAAAGCAGUAGCGUUUGCAAUGGAACAAGCAUCACUAGAAGAAGAGACGCAGAAAAAGCAACAGAAAGUACGCCAGCGCCAAUGCCACAUGAAGUUACUGUUGGAAAAGUAUACCUUGCAGAAUAAAGAAAAGGAGGAACUUGAAAAGCUUGAAAAGGAGAAGAGAGAGGAAGCUGAAAAGGAGGAAAGGAAGAGAAUUGCUGCAGAAGAAAUUACGAAGUUUCAACAGCGU